AUGAUACCUCUCAGCGAAGUCACUUACUCCCGUGACACCACGGUCGCGGCCGUGCGAGACUAUUAUAUAUUUUUGACUCGGAUGUAUCUUGAUAAAACCCUUAUCAAGGAACCACCUAAAGGAGGCUGGCCAUCCAUUACUCCUGAGAGCAUGCGUGGCCUGGGUAAAACGAAUGAAGUCAUAUCACUACUUCGCCACCUCCCUUAUAUCGAUUCACCUCGCUCUGAUAGUGGGCCUAACGUGUUGCCUGAUUGCAUGUUUGCCGACUGGAAAGCUAGAGUAGAAGAGCAAGAAGAUGGCUUUCAACACGGUAGUGAUGCUUCCGAAGUCGCACGGAUGUCCUCUGAAGGGGCUGGAAACUAUGAAAACGUGCCUUCUCACGUCAUUGGUCUCACUUGGGACUCUGAGGAACGGUACAGCUUCUUGCUAGACACGAGGCUCGGUAUCAUACACUGGGUUCAGUGUGACCAUCAUCUAAGGUAUCAUUCAAGCCGAGCACCCAUCAAAGAUAAUGCCUACGAUUACGCCCCUGAACAUGAGGCCGAUACAUUCCGUGAUGCUGGAACAUGGGCUAUUCCUGAUUUCUUCCAAGUCCUCAAAGAGCAGUACCAGAAUCUUAGCUUUCUUCCGCAAAGUUCAACAAGGGUCAAGGGCAUAUACCAGUCCCUACAUGUCUCUACUGUCAACAGCGAGCCAGACUCUUGUGCUAUUUCUACUCCUCACUACUGCCCGUCUUUGUUUAACCCCCUGGCUACAUGUAACGUCAACAUCAUGAACAUCUUCUUUCAUCUUCUCAACGCCGCCGCUCUUGCAGCAGCAAUUGAUUUUUCAGUCAUAUUUCCGACAUCCUCGCCGCCAGCGAGCUCUGAGCCCGAGCCCUCGAUUUGUGCCGCGGAAAACUACACAAAUUACCUCAUUGGUCCCAGGCCAACAGGCACUCUGUCAAGUGCCAUGGCCUCUUACACCUCCCAACUAUUCAAAACGUGUACUUUGCCUCUGGAGGAAUGGCUCGACUGCCCAUUCCCGGAAAGCUCACGAUUAUGUGGCUUUUCCACAGCUGGUCCAUCCGAGGUAAUGUCGGCGUACUCUGGCUUUGGGAGUUUGGCCUCAUCAUGGUGGCUCACGCACAGCCUCGCUGCCGAACAAAUCGCUUCCAGCUGUCCCUCCCGCUGCUGUCAAACUAAAGGAGACGAUUUCAUUCGCAGAAUGCUUCAUUCGGGAGGUCACCACUGCUCCCUCGGAUGGGGUUUCAAAGGUGGCAUCAACACCGUCAACCGCGCCCAAAACCUCCGCAGCGCCCGCAGCGAAAGAAACAGGAGCUACCGAGUCAUUAGCAGCGCGGUGGAGGCAAGACAAGCUGAUAACAUUUGCUACAGCAACCACGGCAACCUGGAUGCUGUUUUGGGGAAAAUGACGGUCAAGGCUCCUGCGCGCGUCCUGGAUCGACAACGCUGGCACAGCCAUGAGGAAUCAUGUAAUGGAGGCACAGCAACGAGGCUGAUACUGCCAAGACUAGAUCAUGGCGGCACAUUUAUAGAAGUGCUCCUAUUAAUCUAUGAGACUUCAUCUUUCCAAAGGGCCCCCGUGACUCUCUUUCUCUACAGUGCCGGUUGCACGGGAAGAUUACACGGCCAGACUACUGUCGCCAGCGCAACUGAUGGUGCUUGCUUUGACACAAACUGCCAGGUAGCAUCUUUCGAUACAUCCAUCGUGUGA